GGGGCUUGUCCCCAGCCUAAGAAGCCGCCGGGCUGCAGGCAGGGGUCGCUGCGCGGCCGCUCGGGGACCGGCCCGGCGGGUCUCUGGGUUCGGGGCUCGCUCCGGGGAGCCGGCGGCAGCAGCCGGAAGCUCCGCUGGAAGGACACGUAGCCAGGGGGCGAGCAGCAGCCGAGGGGCUCCGGGUCCCCCCGUUCCCUGGGGCGCACCGAGGGCUCUGCCCGGGGGGCCCCGGGUCUCCCCUCCCCGCCGUCCUCCUCCUCCGGGGGCCCCGGGUCUCCCCUGCCCGCGGGGCGCUCCGGGCUGCGCUCUCCCGGCCCGCGCCCAGGGCGCACGGGGCUCCGGCCGCGCCAUGAACCGCUGCGCCGUGCUGGGGCUCUGCCUGCUGGGCUACGCGGGCUACCUGCUGCUGGGCGCGCUGCUCGUCUCCGCCAUCGAGCGCCCCUACGAGAGCCGGCUGCGGGCCGAGCUGCGCUCGCUCAAGGCCGCCUUCCUGCGGGCCAGCCCCUGCCUGAACGAGAGCGCGCUGGAGCGCUUCCUGGAGCGGGUGCUGAGCGCCAACCGCUACGGGGUGUCGGUGCUGCGGAACGGCUCGGCCGGCGCCUCCAACUGGGACUUCGCCUCCGCCUUCUUCUUCUCCAGCACGCUGGUCACCACCGUGGGCUACGGCUACACCACACCGCUCUCGGACUCCGGCAAGGCCUUCUGCAUCUUCUAUGCCCUGCUGGGGGUGCCCUUCACCAUGCUGGUGCUGACGGCCACGGUGCAGCGCCUGGCCCGGCUCUUCGUCCACCGGCCCCUCGAGUACCUGCAGCUGCGGUCGGGCUACAGCCACCGGGCGCUGGCCCGGGCCCACUUCCUGCUGCUGCUGCUGGCCGUGCUGGUCGCCUUCUUUCUGCUGCCGGCCGCCAUCUUCAGCGCCCUGGAGGAGACCUGGAGCUACCUGGACGCCUUCUACUUCUGCUUCAUCUCGCUGUGCACCAUCGGGCUGGGCGACUACGUGCCGGGCGAGCAGCCCGGCCAGAAGCUGCGGGCGCUCUACAAGGUCUCCGUCACUGUGUACCUGCUGCUGGGGCUGAUGGCCGUGCUGCUGGUUCUACAGACCUUCCACAAGGCGGCCGACCUGCACGGCCUCACCGACCUCUUCCUGCUGCCGGCCGCUGGCCGCAGCGACCAGGAGCCCAUCCUGCAGCCCGAGGAGCCGCCGGAGGAGCCGGGGCAGGGCGAGAAGCCGCCACCUGCCAGCGCCCAGCUCAACACGGGCAGCCGAGCCAACUACGCCUCCAUCAGCCGAUAGCGUCAGCCCUGCCCCGCGGAGGGGGCUGCAGAGGGGGCUGCGUUCCCGGGGCAGCUCCCUGCGGGGACCGUGCCGGUGGCUGCGGCAGGCUCUGGCUUUCGCCCGGGCCGUGCUGGGGCUGGCGCGGCUCCUGUCUGCAUGUUGCGGGGGGAGCUGGCGCAGGGUUUUAAUAAGCGCGCCCCCGUUUUCAGCGGCCGUUCACCAGAUUUUAUCGCGGGGCAGGUGGCCGGGACCUGCCCUGUUUCCCAGACUCACCCCCACCAUGCUGGGGACCCUGGGCCAUGGAGCCGGCUGCGGGGGCCCAGCCUGGGCCAGCCCCCCAGCGCCGCGGGCUCUGGCUGACCGAGGGGGGUGAAGGUGACAGGUUGUGUGUGGGGCUGAGCUGGGGCCUGGCCAGGCCUAGUUUGAGUUUUAAAUGUGGGGGGGGUGAUUCCAUGCAUGCCCGAGGCUUGGGGGCAAUGCCCCUCCUGCCCCCCAAAACUCAGCCUGUCUGGGUACCCCUGCAGGGGGGGAGGGGAGAGGACACCCCCCCGCACAGCCGCUGGACUCUGCCAGGAUCCCUUUCAUGCAAACCCUUUAAUGAGCCGGGUUGAACCGUCACGGGGUCUUGCCUGGCACCGCUCGGGGAGGGGUCUGGGGCUGCCGCAUGUGCCUGCCCCCCACUCCAGGCGUCUGCAGGGCCCGCGGCCGGAAGCUGCUGCCCCUCCGUGGCGCCAGGUGCAGGAUGGAGCGUGGCAAGAUGGGCACUGCCCAUGGGGGGUGAUGGCCCCUCCCAUGCUGCCAAGAGCUGCCCCUCAGCCCCACUGGGGUGUCGAGGGGCAGCGCCCUCUGCCAGCCCGGGAAUCAGCCUGGAGGGGGGACGUAGAGCGAACACCCCUGUGUCCCUGGCUCAAGCACUCGCCCCCGGGAAUCCCCCCCCCGCCCCCAGGCCUGUGUGUGCCAGCUGUUCCUGGCGGCUGGGAGGGCGAAUGGUCCCGGGCACAGAUGGGGACCAGGAGUCUGAAUAAACCAUUGCUGGAA